GUCGACUGCACUCCCCUGCUGUAAUAUGUACUGUAGGCUGGUCUCGCCAACUCAACUCUCGCCUCUUCAGCAUAUUUCAGCACCACUAGCGCUGCGGGAGGCUGAGUAAGAUGCCGGGUGUUACAGUCAAAGACGUCAACCAGCAGGACUUUGUGCGGGCACUUUCUGCUUUCCUCAAAAAGUCGGGCAAACUGAAAGUUCCAGAAUGGGUAGACACAGUGAAGCUGGCAAAACACAAGGAGUUGGCACCUUGCGACGAAAACUGGUUCUACAUUAGAGCAGCAUCCACAGCACGCCACCUUUACCUCAGAGGGGGUGUCGGAGUUGGUGCCAUGAUCAAAAUCUACGGCGGCCGGCACAGAAACGGAGUGUGCCCGUCCCACUUCAGCGUGGGCUCCAGGAACGUGGCGCGCAAGGUGCUGCAAGCGCUGGAGGGCCUCAAGAUGGUGGAGAAGGACCCUAACGGGGGUCGCAGACUUACUUCUCAGGGUCAAAGAGAUUUGGACAGAAUUGCUGGACAGGUUGCAGCUGCAAGCAAAAAACAGUGAUAUCUCCAGAAUGAGAAGAAUCUUGGAACUAACACUGUUGACCUCCGCAAUUCUGAUGUGCAUGGGUGAUGCAAAUGGUAUGGAAUUUAGCAUGUAGAGGAACUUAUAGUUCAUGGAAAAUAUCACAGCCAAACACACUGUACACACACACUUGAGCUUUUCUCUCACUGAGGAAAAAGUUCAGUAAUAUCAUGUUCUCGUCAUACAGAGCUAUGGUUUUAAGUAUGCAAAAUGUUAAGAAAAAUGCCAAAGAAGUAAUGCUAAUCAAUUCUCUACAAAAAUACCAGUGAUCAAAAAUAAAUAAAUGAAACGUCUUGCCAUAAAGACUAUGCUAUGCAGAUAAUACUUGAAGCUUAUGUCAUUGCACUUCCGAUGGUUUGGUUUGCGUGUUUAUUGAAUGAAGUCUGUUGA